CCUAUGCUGGCUUCUUUCCUCUGGGGAGUGUGACAGUAGAACCAAAGGGAACAUAUCUUGAUAACUCGGUAUGGAAGUGCCAUCUUCACUGCAGUCCAGCAUAUUCAGUAGGCAUGAAGGGAACCACGUGCUAUUGUUUGAAAGAAGGCUAUAACACUACGAAGUCGAUGCUAUCCGAGAACACGUGUCCCGGAAACUUGGAGGAAAGGUGUGGCAACAUCCAGGGGGUGUCAGUAUACAAGCUAGAAAACAUGAUAUUUAAUCAAGAGGAACACACGUACUGUGCUUAUGCGGAUGACACGGACCUUUCCAUCCAUACCAGAACUUAUGACGAUUGCAAAAACUUCAAGGAUUGUUACGCCUGCUUUACUUUAUCUGGUGCAACUACAAGUAUAUCUUGUAGACCUCAGAAGUCAUGGUUUGCUGCCCGGAAGGCAUGCGACUUGGUUAAACUGAAUACAUCUGCCCGGACCAGUCUUCUUGGAAGCAGCAGUAACACCACCACAUACUGGAUCGGUUUGUACAAAUAUCUGCACAGGAGAUGGAUAAACGAGGAGACGGCUUUGAAAUACGACGGGCGCCGCGGUGCUUUGUCUUCACACACUAUAGCUAGGUGUCUCAGUGUGUACAAGCAGAGGAAUGGAGGAAAGCGUUUAUACUGGAGGCCAUGUUCAGAAAACAGAAAGUUCCUUUGUGAAGAUGGUAUGGUUCUUAGUUCACUUCCUCACUUCAGUCAUCCUGGCGCUGAAACCAGACAGGCAUACAGUAGCUUGUGUCUUCCAGAAACCAGUUGAACUAAUCUGUACCAUUUUUGUAAAUCGCAACUGAAAUAAGUUCA